AUGGCGCACCAUCAAGUCAAGGAGUCGUUUCUUGUCGGGAGGGCACUCCUCAAUUUCACCUCCAUUUUCGUUUCGUUAGGUGUAUUUUUGUUUGGAUUUGAGCAGGGCUUGAUGUCAUCCCUUUUAACCAAUUCUUAUUUCAAAGAAUACUACAAUCAUCCCAGUCCUGCUGCAAUUGGUACGAUGAUAGCAAUUCUAGAAAUAGGCGCCUUGUUUUCCUCGUUUGAGGCUGGAAAGGUUGGUGAUAAAAUUGGAAGAAGAAGAACAAUUCGUUGGGGCUCUUUCAUCUUUAUAGUAGGUGGAUUUUUGCAAACCUUUUCGCCAACAAUCUACGUUCUAGGCUUGGGAAGACUCGUCUCUGGUGUUGCGAUCGGAUUUCUCACAACGAUCAUACCUUGCUACCAAUCAGAAAUCAGUCCGCCUGAUGAUAGAGGAUUCUAUGCCUGCUUGGAGUUUACCGGCAAUAUUGUCGGGUAUUCAACUAGUAUUUGGGUUGACUACGGCUUUCUGUUUCUUGAGAAUGACUUCUCGUGGCGCUCACCCUUGUUUGUUCAAUGUGUCAUGGGGUUUCUCCUCUGGUUAGGAACAUUCAUAAUCGUUGAAACACCUAGAUGGCUUUUGGAUCAUGACCAUGAUAUCGAAGGAAUGAUAGUUAUUAGUGAUCUCUAUGCUGAUGGAGAGAUUGAGGACGAGGUGGCCAAGGUGGAAUUUAGACAGAUCAAAGAGAGCAUCUUGAUACAAAGAAUUGAGGGAGGCGAAAGAUCUUACCGUUACAUGCUCACCCGUUACAAAAAGAGGGUCUCGGUUGCAUGUUUCUCUCAAAUGUUUGCACAAUUAAAUGGUAUAAACAUUGUGUCAUACUAUGCUCCUAUGAUUUUUGAAAGUGCCGGCUGGAUCGGCAGACUGGCCAUUUUGAUGACAGGUAUCAAUUCCUUGAUCUAUUUGGCAAGCACCAUACCACCAUGGUAUUUGGUUGAUGGAUGGGGCCGGAAGCCAUUGCUUUUGACAGGCGCAGUCGUCAUGGCUGCUUCACUCUUUUCCAUUGCAUAUUCUUUAUUUUUGGACGAUACAUACACCCCUCAGGUUGUCGUCAUCUUUGUCAUAAUUUUCAAUGCUGCUUUUGGAGCAUCCUGGGGACCCAUUCCGUGGAUGAUGAAUGAGGUUUUGCCCAAUUCUGUGCGAAGCAAGGGAGCUGCGAUGUCCACAGCGACGAAUUGGCUCUUCAAUUUCCUCGUCGGGGAAAUGACUCCAAUUUUGUUAGACUUGAUUCAAUGGAGAACCUAUUUGAUUCCAGGCUUUUCUUGCGUCCUUUCCUUUAUGUGCGUGCACUAUCUUUUCCCGGAGACUAAGGGUUUAUCAUUAGAGGAAAUGGGAUCCAUUUUUGAUGAUAGUUCAUCGGUCUUUUCCUUCCACUCUGGAUAUGGUUCAACUAAUGAUAACGAGUCUAGGAGAAGCAUCGAGCCUUCUCAGUCUAGUGGUGAGACUCAGCCACUGCACCAAACUGCAGCACAGCUCGCUAGAAAUCCCUCCUCUAUGCGCAAUGAGCCUGACGGUCUCAUUACAGGAACACCGCAAUUACCUCUAAUUCCAGCAAAUGAGGUUGCGAAGCCUGCCAUCUCGGGCUUAUCAUCAAAUGCUGGCAUUAACGAUGAUGCUACCGCGCCACCAUCUUUCGAAGACAUCAUCGAUUUCAAACGUCGUAAAGACGCGAAGUCGUGGUUUUCGUGGGCUCAGCAAAAGAGUGCAGACUACGAACAACUAACUUAA